AUGGGAGUCGAAGAAAAAGGUGUGCCGCCUAAGGAUGAGGAGAUCAGCGACUCUUAUGAUUCCCAGACUGGGGAAUCGCAUCCAGUAAAAUGGUAUCGCUCAACGUUUUACAACUCCGUUAUCCUCGGUCUCUGCAAUUUUCUCGCCCCGGGGAUUUGGACAGCAAUGAACUCUCUCGGUGGAGGAGGUGAAGAGAAGCCCUACCUUGUCAAUGCCGCAAACGCCCUAACAUUCGGUCUCAUGGUCAUCUCUUGCUUUAUGGGAAGUACCGUCGUACGAUUUAUCGGGAUCAAAUGGACAUUGAUCGCUGGUACAAUGGGCUACGCACCCUAUGCUGCGGGUCUCUAUACAAACAACCGCUUCGGAGAUUCAUGGCUUGUGAUCCUUGGCGCAGCACUCUGCGGUGUCUCUGCUGGUAUCUUUUGGAUGGCGGAGGGUGCCAUUGCCCUCUCGUACCCGGAACCAUACAAUCAAGGCCGUUUCUUGGGUCUUUGGCUUAGCUUCCGUGUUGGAGGACAAAUUCUCGGCGGUGCAAUCAAUCUUGGUCUUAAUGCCGAUCGUUCUGAGGCGGGUAGUGUCUCAUACACCGUUUAUCUGGUUUUCAUUGCGCUUCAAGCUCUAGGCCCCUUUGCGGGUCUACUUUUGAAUCAGCCAUCUCAGGUGCAGCGCAAGGAUGGAAUCCCCGUCAAGCUUGAGGUUAAUAACAGUGUUGGAUUUGAGAUGAAGCAAAUGUCGAAAUUGUUUAUUAACCGGAAGUUUUUGCUCAUCAUUCCGUUCAUUUGUCAAGCUGUGUAUACCGAGGCUGUCAUGUUCUCGUAUGAGGAUCUUUGGUUCUCUGUUCGAGCAAGAGCUCUUGGCUCGUUCCUGGGUGGAAUCGUUGCUUUGAUUGGAGGAAAUGUCUUGGGUGCUUUCCUUGACAAUAAGUCUAUUUCACUCAAGACACGUUCGAGAUCAGCCUUCUUCCUGGCUGUUGGAUGGCAAGGUUUAUGUUGGAUUUGGGCCACUGUGAACGUGACCGAGUUCCAUAAAACGAAUCCCGUUUACGAUUGGGUUGAUCCAGGGUUUGGAAAGGCUUUUGCUCUUUUCCUCUUCUGGGUCGCUAGCUUUCAGCUGAACUAUAUGUACUUAUUCUUCUUGGUUGGUAAUCUGGCUGAUAACGACGAUGAGAUCGUUCGAAUUGCUGGUUUGCUGCGAGGUGUUGAGUCUGCUGCCCAGGCAGUCAGCUAUGGUCUCAGCAGUGUGACUAUCAUGGCAGCCAUUGGAAACAUCUAUCUUAACAUGUCACUGUGGGCAGUAGCGAUCCUGCCAGCAUGGUUCAUUGUUAGAGAAGUCGGAACAGUCUUUGGAGAUAAAAAGAUGGAACGAGAGGCUCGACGUCUACGUGUGCCAUCUGAUAGUGAAUAA